GUAAUGCUACUAACCAUUGUCAAGGGAAAAUAUUCGGGUGAUGCGGAUGUCACUCUCAUUUAUGUCCGGACUUCUUGCCUUCGCCUUGUUUUGGGGAAGCCAAGGAUUACGCUAACUUUGCUUGCAAAACGUCCAUCGCUUGUUGAAGACUACGAAUAG